AUAAAAAUGCGAGGAAUGAUUCACAAUCAAUAUCGUGAAGCUGCUGCUUCUUGUCAUGAAAAGGUAUAAUCGGUCCGGGACAAUCAUGGAGGUCGUAGAUAGAUUGGCAAUCUUCCCGACAUUCAGUUCAUACACGAACGUAAAAUGUCGCUUGAAUUGCGCACGCAGAGGUCGUGAUUUGCUCGAAAAGAGGGUCGAUGGUCUCUUAAUCCGAUUCCGCACAAUUCUAUUGCAUCUACUCGAAAACAAAUUACAGCUUGGCGAAGUGAUGAGGAACGCGGUCUUUUCGUUGGCCGAGGUAAAUUAUGCGACAGGUGGUAUAAACAAACUGGUCCUACAGACGGUCAAUAAAGCCAAAAUAAGAAUUCGAUCCAGACAAGAGAUCAUCGGCGGCAUUCGACUGUGGAUUUACGAGCCUUUCUGUAGCAGCGCAGAUCCCUUCGAACUCGCCGGACUAGCCAGGGGCGGUCAACAGCUGAGUUCAAAGAAAAAAAUCCCAAGUUGGAAGUGUAAAGCAUUAACGAUAACGAAAUUAAAGAAGAAUUAUGGGAAAGCGAUCGAGUUACUCGUCGAAUUGGCGUCGUUACAGUACAAUUUUCAAACUCUCGACCGGGUAAUCAAGGCGACUAGUCGUCGCGUAAACGCUCUCCGACAUAUCAUUAUACCCCAGUUGGAAAGAACGCUCGCGUAUAUCGUUACCGAACUCGACGAGUACGAGCGAGAGGAAUUCUAUCGCCUAAAAAAGAUACAACAGUGGAAGAUGCAACGACGUAACGGCAAAUCUCAUAAAUUGAUUCGACAUUCAAAUAUAUUCGAUGACACGGAUGAAGAUCUUCUUUUUUAAUGCUAUUGCAAAGCCAUGACGGAUGUAUAAUUUUGCACAUUGCUUUUAAAUACAAAAUAGUAUAUAUAAGUGGAU